AUGGCGUCCACACCAAUCAUGGUUAAGAUACUGAUGUUAAUCGGUCAAAUAAUAUUCGCAUGUGUUUAUGGUACCUUUGGUACUAUCUUAACUUGUCUACUUUUUCUUCGACUUGGACCAAAAAAGUUUUUCAGACGAGUUGAACGACCUACACCACCAAUACAAGCAACUGAUCCUGUUUAUGGAGAACAGGGAAUGAUUAAAUUAAAAUCAUCGAAUGUCACUCUGCAUUAUGUUUCAAAAGGUUCAUCAGAUCAACCAUUAAUGUUAUUUGUUCAUGGUUUUCCUGAAUGUUGGUAUGCUUGGAGACAUCAAAUGAGAUAUUUUUCAAAAAAUUAUCAAGUUGUUGCUAUUGAUCAACGUGGAUAUGGUCUCAGUUCAAAACCGUCUAAUGUUGGAGAUUAUAAAGUUGAAAUAUUAGCUCGUGAUAUUGCUGAUAUCAUUGAACAACUUGGUUACCAAUCAUGUGUUUUGGUCGGUCAUGACUGGGGAGCUAUAGUGUCAUGGACUUGUGCGAUGCUUUAUCCUAAUUUAAUUGACAAAUUGAUUAUAAUGAACGUUCCACAUCCAGCUGCUUUUCGACAUAAUUUAUCAUUAAAACAACUUCGUAAAUCAUGGUAUAUAUUCUUUUAUCAAAUACCAUUUAUUCCUGAAUUAUUAUUUGCAUCGGACGAUUUCGCAACUUUUAAACGACUUUUUUAUACAAAAGGAAUCGGUUUGGUCAAUCCACAAAAUAUGACAGAAGAUGAUCUAGAAGUUUAUACGUAUACAUUUGCUCAAAAAGGAACUCCGACAGCGGCAAUAAAUUACUAUCGUGCUGCAUUCAGACAUCAAAGAAAUGAUUUACAAGUACAAGUAACUGUACCAGUAUUAAUUGUAUGGGGUUGUCAAGAUGGCGCUUUAGGUGAAGAACUUGCUGAUGCUAGUCAAAACUAUUGUUCUAAUGUCCGAUUAAAGAAAAUUCGAAAUGCAUCACAUUGGGUACAACAAGAUGCACCAGAUGAAGUUAAUCAAUAUAUGGAAGCUUUUCUCAAUGAAAAGUCGGCCAUGAAGCAGACAACUAAUUAA